UCUCCGCCUCUCCGUGAGGAGAAGAAGUAGGUCAGCCUCCAUCUUCUGGUAAACAACAGACAUCAGACCUUCCUCCGCGGAGCUCGAACACCGACAGCCUCCAGCAUGGGAGCCGUUCUGGGACUGUGCUCCAUGGCGAGCUGGAUCCCCUGCCUGUGCGGCAGCGCCCCCUGCCUGCUGUGCCGCUGCUGCCCCAGUGGAAACAACUCCACGGUGACCCGGCUCAUCUACGCCCUGUUCCUGCUGCUGGGCGUGGGCGUGGCCUGCAUCAUGCUGAUGCCCGGCAUGGAGGGCCAGCUCAAGAAGAUCCCGGGGUUCUGCGAGGGCGGGAUGGGCUCGUCCAUCCCCGGCGUGGAGGGCCACGUCAACUGUGACGUGCUGGUGGGCUACAAGGCGGUGUACCGCGUCUGCUUCGGCAUGGCCAUGUUCUUCCUGCUCUUCUCGCUGCUCAUGAUCAAAGUGAAGAGCAGCCAGGACCCCCGGGCCGCCCUGCACAACGGGUUCUGGUUUUUCAAGUUUGCGGCCGCCGCUGCCAUCACCAUCGGCUCCUUCUUCAUCGCAGAGGGUCCCUUCACCACAGUGUGGUUCUACGUGGGCAUGGCGGGAGCCUUCUGCUUCAUCCUCAUCCAGCUGGUGCUGCUCAUCGACUUCGCCCACUCCUGGAACGAGUCCUGGGUGGAGAAGAUGGAGGAGGGGAACUCCCGCUGCUGGUAUGCAGCCCUGCUGUCCGUCACCACCCUGAACUACCUGCUGUCCCUGGUGUCGCUGGUCCUGUUCUACGUCUACUACACCCACUCCGACGGCUGCACCGAGAACAAGGUCUUCAUCAGCAUCAACAUGCUGCUGUGCCUGGGGGCCUCCGUCAUGUCCAUCCUGCCUCACAUCCAGGAGUCGCAGCCCCGCUCGGGCCUGCUGCAGUCCUCCCUGGUGACCCUGUACACCAUGUACCUGACCUGGUCUGCCAUGACCAACGAGCCUGACAGGAAGUGUAACCCGAGCCUGCUGAGCAUCAUCGGGCUGAACAGCACGGCCCCUGCUGGCCAGGGCCAGGUGGUGCAGUGGUGGGACGCCCAGGGCAUCGUGGGCCUGGUCCUGUUCCUCAUGUGUGUGCUGUACUCCAGCAUCCGCAACUCGUCCACCGCCCAGGUGAACAAGCUGACGCUGACCAGCGACGAGUCGGCGCUGAUCGAGGACGGCGCGCACGGCGACUCGCUGGAGGAGGACGGCGGCCCCAGCCGGGCCGUGGACAACGAGAGGGACGGCGUGACGUACUCCUACUCCUUCUUCCACUUCAUGCUGUUCCUGGCCUCGCUCUACAUCAUGAUGACGCUCACCAACUGGUACAGCCCCGACUCCUCCUACGAGGUGAUGACCAGCAAGUGGCCGUCGGUGUGGGUGAAGAUCUGCUCCAGCUGGAUCUGCAUCGCCCUGUACGUCUGGACCCUGGUGGCCCCGCUGGUCCUGGUCAACAGAGACUUUGACUGAGACACACACACUCACACUCACACACUCGUCCGUGGCGUGGCUCAGCUGUCCCCCUGCGUCUGUAGCUCAGUGUCGGUCAGUGCUCCUCUGCUGUGACGUGCCGCUCUCACUCCUGUAAAUACGAUGGACGAGCGCUCCCCCCUCCACACUGCAUGCUGCUUGACGUGACGUUGUUACUCGUAGUUUUUUUAACUCGGAGGCGGAGCUCCCCCCGCUGUAGUUUACCUCCUCGUGUUGGUGCAUGAGCUGUGCUUUGUGUGUGUGUGUGUGUGCUGCUAACACACCUCCACACAAACAUUGACGAAGGCAUUCCUCUUUCCGUUGCUUCACAUUUCAAUUCUGUAAGAUGAAAACAUGAACCAGCUGCUCGUCGUUUGGUAGACCUUAGCUUCUGUCCUCGCAGUAGACUGACGUACCGUGGCUUCAUAUUUAAUUGAUUGUUUGCUUUUAUCUGAAUGUGUUUUAUUUUUCUCUCCUAACCUGGAAGUGUUGUAAGAAGUUUAAAUAAAAGAAGGAAAAGAA